AGCGCUGUGUGGGACUGUCCGUCGGGUGAGUGAGUCGGAUGCUGCUUAAAUUAUUCUACAAUAGUCCCAUCAUGCCAGCUGCAAAACCUUCAUCAAUCCCUUUCUUUCAAUUCUCGCCUUGAAUUUGCUGCGACGCUUCUCUCUAGCUAUCCCUUCACACUUCAGGCGUUCUUCUUGCAUUUUGAUAGCUGCAGCUCCAUUUUUGUCUCCCUCCGUUGAUGGCUUGCUUGAGGGCAGUGCUAAAAAUCUGAUUUUUUUUUCCCUUUGGAUUUAAUUUUGCCGAGAUUCGCUAGUUCUAGUUCAGGGAUUUCUAAAAAUCCAACCUUUCGUUGGGUACGACUGCGCACAUGCUGCAUCUCCACGGGCGCAUUGCGAUUUCUUGCAGCAGAGGCUGAGGUUGUCUCGAGGUUGGAGCGGCUAUGUCGGGCUACGAUCUGUCGAAGAAAACAGUCAUCUUUGGGCUGCAUCUGUGGGCGGUGGUCGGCAUCUGCAUCGGCGUCGCCUUCGUCCUCCUCCUCUUCCUAAUCUCCCUCUGGAUCGCCUACAAGCGAAGCAGCAGCUCCUCCCGAAGCCACAUCAUCCCCAACGUCUCCAAGGAGAUUCAAGAAGUGCAGGCCGGGGCGGCGCUCGCCCUUUCGCUUUCCUCCGAGCCGGAGCCCUCUCCGCUGCCCACCAAGCAGCAGCAGGAGGAGGCCCCAAUUACUCUCCAGCGGAUCCACGUGGAGACCGGGAAGGAGCACCGCAUCACUUACCCCGAGCGCGGCGGCAGCGGCGGCGGCGGGUCGUCGCAUGGAAGCGGGGAGAGCCGGUCGGUGGACCAGGCGCCGGCCUCGGUGCCAGAGGUGUCGCACUUGGGCUGGGGCCAUUGGUACACCUUGAGGGAGCUCGAGGUCGCCACGGACAGCUUCUCCGACGAGAAUGUCAUCGGCGAAGGUGGAUAUGGUAUCGUCUAUCACGGCGUCUUGGAGGAUGGCACUCAAAUUGCAGUCAAGAACUUAUUGAACAACAGGGGCCAAGCAGAGAAGGAAUUUAAGGUCGAAGUUGAAGCAAUAGGACGCGUUCGUCACAAGAAUUUAGUGAGAUUGCUAGGGUAUUGUGCGGAAGGAGAACAUAGAAUGCUUGUCUAUGAGUAUAUAGAUAAUGGGAAUCUAGAACAAUGGCUUCAUGGCGAUGUUGGACCUUCCAGUCCGCUUACUUGGGAUAUCCGAAUGAACAUUAUAAUUGGUACAGCAAAAGGAUUACUCUACCUGCAUGAAGGGCUAGAGCCAAAGGUAGUUCACCGAGAUAUUAAAUCAAGCAACAUACUCCUUGAUAAGCAGUGGAUUCCCAAGGUUUCAGAUUUUGGACUUGCCAAGCUGUUGGGCUCAGGGAGGACCUAUGUCACAACACGAGUAAUGGGAACAUUUGGUUAUGUGGCUCCUGAGUAUGCUAGCACUGGCAUGUUAAACGAAUCGAGUGAUGUCUAUAGUUUUGGUAUUCUUAUCAUGGAGAUAAUAUCAGGUCGAACACCUGUUGACUACAGCAGGCCUCCAGGCGAGGUUAAUCUGGUAGAAUGGCUUAAGAUAAUGGUGAGUAAUCGAAACUCUGAAGGUGUCUUAGAUCCAAAGAUUCCUGAGAAACCCUCGUCAAGAGCAUUGAAAAGAACACUUUUGGUUGCAUUGCGAUGCGUCGAUCCUGAUUCACGAAAGAGGCCAAAAAUGGGGCAUGUCAUACACAUGCUUGAAGUUGAUGACUUCCCUUAUCGAGAUGAGCGGCGUGCAGGAAAAGAUCCAAAACAACAAUAUCAUAGCAGCCCAGAAGAGGGUAGAAGACCAGUAAUGGAGCAUCACGGAACAACUGAACUUAACGGUAAUAUUGUCGCCGCAGCAGGAUGUUGAUAGGAGAAAUUUGAGCUCUAUGUCUACAUGAUACGUGAAAGUGGCUUGAAUGAAUGUCAAUCUAAGUAAAUGAAAUGUCAUGCUAGCUCACAUGUACAAAUUUGUGUUAUACAAUUUAGUCAUUUGUACUUGAUGCUCCUACGGGCUGAUUUUUGUUUGAUGAACUGGUGAAUCCAAACCAUACUUAAUUGUUUGUACAUCGUGGUCAUUCUGCUAUUAUUCAUGUUUUCUAA